GGUAUAGUGUGCAUAAAAUAUAUAAUUGAAAUUUGUGUUCUACGAGCUAAAGUGCCGAUCUGGAAAAAAAAUUAUUUUUUCUAAAGCGUACCCUACGUUUAGACAAUAACGCUACGAAUAAAUGGGGUGUAGAAUAGACGAUGUUAGUUAUGUUUUUUGUAUCGCGUUGAUUAUAGACAUGGCAUAAACACAUACGAAGUAUAGAUCAGACAUUUCAUGUUACGAGAUUUGGUGUUAUCCGAACUGAAAUAUCGACUUCGUAAAACAUCAGAGAGUUUCGAGCGACCUCUUCGUUUAAGGAAUAAUGGACUUGAAAACUUUACCCAACUCUACCACCGAAAUCGUUAAAAUUAGUAAACGUGUCCCCCUCUUCGCAGAUGAGUCGCAAGGAAGCAUUAUCCCAAUUUAUUCAACAGAUUCAUGGCCGUCCCGUUGUUGUGAAGUUAAAUAGCGGAAUAGAUUAUAGAGGUGUUUUAGCAUGUCUCGAUGGUUACAUGAAUAUAGCACUUGAACAAACGGAAGAAUAUGUGAAUGGUCAAUUAAAAGACAAAUAUGGUGAUGCUUUUAUACGUGGUAAUAAUGUAUUAUAUAUUAGCACACAAAAACGUAAAACUUGA